AAUAACUCUUUUUUUGAAACUCAUGAUUGAUUCAAUAGACUCUAUUAUUAAUUUGGUGAGUUGGUUAUAGUUGUAAUAAUAGGGGAAUGUUGGGGUAGGAAAGGAAAAAGAAAUAAGUGCAUAAUGUUGUGGAGAUAGCCCUUAUAACACACUAGUCACUCCGCUUUUUCUUGUUCAUCUACAAUUAGAACAAAACACACUUGCAGGGUUUCUUUCUAAUUAAGGUUGAGUUUGAGAUUGUUUGUACUGAAACUUGAAAGAUGGGCUACUGGAAAUCGACAGUCGUUCCGAAGUUUAAGAAGAUCUUCGAGAAGAACACCACCAAGAAGACAGCUGCUAUCGAAGCUUGCAAGUCCUUUGAUGAUGCUAAGGAGGAGUACAGCAAAGAGUUUGAAGAGAAGAAAACUGAGCUCCAAACUAAAGUAAUAGAGAUCUAUGAAGCUUCUGCAACUGAAAUCAAGGCUUUGGUGAAGGAACCUAAAGAUGCUUCUCUAAAAAAGAACUCCACCGGGGUUACCAAGUUUCUUGAAGAACUAUCCAAGAUAGAAUUUCCGGGGUCGAAACCAGCUCAUGAAGCGUGUUCCAAGUUCGGACCAACGUUGGUUCAGGGACCUAUUUUCUUUGUAUUCGAGAAGGUGUCGACGUUUAUUGUGGUAGAAGAGAAGGAAACAACGAGCAGUAAAGACAAAGACGUGGCCGUGGAGGAAGAGAAGAAAGAGGAGGUGGCGGUGGAGACUGAGGUAAAGGCGGCGGAAGAGGUGGCAACCCCGGCGGAGCCACCAAAGGAUUGCUGAUCGAGAUGACAUGAUCAAUUUAUACUAUGUGAAGAAGAUGGCAACAAUUUGAUAAACCUGUUAUUGUUUUUGUAUUCGUUUAAUUCUUGAAAAUUACACUUUUGUAGCCGAAGUACUUGUAUUCCUAUGGUAUUUUACAGUUUUUGGUGUAUUUAUAUAUAUUACUUAUUAUUCAUUAUUUUAA